CGACGCACAACGCGUUGCUAAGUAUUUAGCACAGCUAACGCUUCUGCUCCUUCGUCCUGUCUUCUUGCAAGAGAUGCUCGCGGACAGGAUUUAAACUCGCUGAGUGAAAUCACAAGUAGUUGUGAUGUCGGAGCCCAAACCCCCCACUCCUACCACCCCGACCCCUGGAGACAUGUACAAGGGAUGGCUCUUCAAAUGGACUAAUUACAUAAAAGGUUAUCAGAGACGAUGGUUUGUUCUCAGCAAUGGAUUACUGUCUUACUACAGGUGUCAGGCGGAGAUGGGUCACACCUGCAGAGGCACCAUAAACCUGGCCACCGCCAACAUCGCUGUGGAGGACUCUUGCAAUUUUGUCAUUUCCAACGGGGGAGCGCAGACGUAUCACCUGAAGGCCAGCUCUGAAAUCGAGCGCCAGCGAUGGAUCACUGCACUGGAACUCGCUAAGGCCAAAGCCGUGCGCAUGCAGGACGAAUCUGACGACUCUGCUGAUGAGUUCUCUGCAGCGCCCCCUGCCUCCACUCAGGCAGGGGGAUCUCAUACGUCAGAAGUCCAGUCCACGCUGCGCACCCUGGGCAGCAAGGUGGAGGACCUCACCACCUGCAACGAUCUGAUCGUUAAACAUGGCUCUGCUCUGCAAAGGUCUUUAUCAGAGCUGGAGGGGCUGCAGGCUGGAACGGACCUGGGGGAAAAGAUCCGACAGGUCACAGAAAGGGCCACGCUUUUCCGAAUCACCUCCAACGCCAUGAUCAAUGCCUGUAGGGACUUCCUGUCCAUCGCCCAGAGCCACAGUAAGCGCUGGCAGAAGGCCUUACAGACCGAGAGGGAGCAGAGGAUUCGCCUGGAGGAGACGCUGGAGCAACUAGCCAAACAGCACAACCACCUGGAGAGAGCGUUCAGAGGCGCCACUGUUCUGCCACCUUCCCUCAGCAAUCCCAACAUAAGUAUUAAAAGCAGUGUUUCAGGAAAGGGCGAUGCCAGUGAUGAAGACGAUGACAACGAGUUCUUUGAUGCAAUGGAAGACCCAACAGGAUUCAUUACUGUUCCUGCUGACCCGAAGUACCACAGGAGAUCUGGCAGCAAUAUCAGCGGGAUAAGCAACGAGACGGGAAUGGACGACCAGUCGUAUGAUGAACUGUCCUUGGCGUCCAAUUCUGAGUCUUCGCCGCCUCUUGAGCUGGAGCCGGUCAGACAAAGACGGACUCGUAUUCCCGACAAACCCAACUAUUACCUUAAUUUGUGGAGCAUCAUGAAGAAUUGUAUCGGAAAGGAGCUCUCAAAGAUACCGAUGCCGGUGAACUUCAACGAACCGCUGUCUAUGCUUCAGCGUCUGUCUGAAGACCUGGAGUACUACGAGCUCCUGGACAAAGCUGCAAAGUGUCAGAGCUCUUUAGAGCAGAUGUGCUAUGUGGCGGCUUUCACUGUCUCGUCCUACUCCACCACGGUCCACCGCACAGGGAAGCCCUUCAACCCCUUACUGGGGGAAACAUUUGAGCUGGACCGGAUUCGAGAGUCCGGUUACCGCUCGCUCUGUGAACAGGUAAGCCACCAUCCACCAGCUGCAGCCCACCACGCCUUCUCCGAGAAGGGCUGGACCCUCAGACAGGAAAUCACACUGGCCAGCAAGUUCCGGGGAAAAUACCUUUCCAUUAUGCCUCUGGGCUCCAUCCAGUGUAUGUUUGAUAAAAGCAACAAUCACUACUCCUGGAAAAAAGUUACAACGACCGUUCACAAUAUCAUCGUUGGGAAACUGUGGAUUGAUCAGUCAGGAGAGAUCGAUGUGGUGAACCACAAGACGGGAGAUCGCUGCCAUCUCAAGUUUGCUCCUUACAGCUACUUCUCUAGAGAUGUACCCCGGAAGGUGACAGGAGUUGUGACGGAUAAGGACGGGAAGGCUCAUUAUGUUCUUUCAGGAACAUGGGAUGAGAAGAUGGAGUUUUCCAGGAUCAUGCAAAGCAGCAAAGGCGAGAAUGGGACUGAGGGUAAACAGAGGACUGUUUACCAAACCCUCAAACCCAAAGAAAUCUGGAGAAAGAACCCUUUACCGGAAGGAGCAGAGAACAUGUAUUACUUCUCCUCUCUUGCGUUGACCCUAAACGAACCCGAGGAGGGCGUGGCGCCGACGGACAGCCGGCGGCGUCCAGACCAGCGCCUGAUGGAAGAAGGUUGCUGGGAUGAAGCGAACGCAGAGAAACAACGGCUGGAAGAAAAGCAGCGCUCUACCCGGCGAGAACGGGAAAGAGACGCAGUUAAAGCGGUUCCAACGCCUGAGGAAGCUCUUGCACAUAAGGGUGGCACCACAGGAAGUGAGAUUUCUGAUGAAACUGAUGCAGAGGACUCUCCCCCCCCCACGCCUGUUGCAUGCGCCCAUCCGGACAAUUACCAAGCGCUGUGGUUCGAGAAGAUCCACGACUCCGUGUCUGGAGAGACGCUGCAUGUCUACAAGGGAGGCUACUGGGACGCCAAGGAGCAGGGAAGUUGGGAAAUGUGUCCCGACAUCUUCUGAUUACAGAUGCCUGUAGCCUCACCAUCAGUCUGUUGGAUGUGGCUCUCAAAGCACACUUGGUGCUUGUGGGUAUUGUAGUCAUUGCGCUGCUGGUUGUGUUGCAUUUCAUUGGCCUCAUGAGUCAGCUCUAAAACCGGGGAAUGGUGUCAUCUCUUAGCUCCACUGUGUUCCAGGGGAAAGAGAGAAAAGCUUAAGUUAUGUUCUGACCAUUCGAUGCUAAACGUAACUAUUAUUGCUGAUUCAAGGAGAAAACAGAAUUCUAUAUUUUGUGCAUUCAGUCACUGGAACAGAACAUGCACUAAUUCCUGGACAAAUUGACAGAAGAACAAGCUAAAGUUGAUCACCUCACUGCAAAAACACAUUUCACCAAAUCUUUCUGAUCCGGUUUCUCGUGUAAAAAUCUCAGUGCACUUUAAAUGAGACAAAAUGUACAUAUAAGUAACUUUUCAAAAAGACAUAGGGCCUUGAUUUAAGUUAAUAAUUCCCUCACUUAUAACAUGGGAAAAAUGUCUUGUUCAAAAGGAAAUAAUCUGCUAGUGAAACUAGUACUUUUUCAUCAAUAUUAAGGAACUAGAGUUAACAAAGCUCAUAUUUUCUUGCUGAAAAGCUACUUGUAAGUUACUUUUUUCCUUAUUUCGCGUUUGCUAAGAUAUUUGCACUAGAAACGAGACCAAAAAUACUGGUUAAAAUGUGUUUUUGAACAGUCACAGUGCUCAACUGUAAGCAUUCCUCAUGCACGAAGCAGCCUGGACUUUGAGGUUCUGGAUGGUGUAAAAAAGCAACUCCUUCAUUCCUAGACUUCAGAAAAUCUGACUCAUGUGUUCAGUGAAAUGCAUCAUCAGCUUUCAGAGCUCCUCUUCUCUCCAUUGCCACUCCUCUCCCAGUUUGAAAUCUUCCAAUCCAAUUAUGAUUUGAUCAUCCUCUAUACAGUGCCUUAUAAAAGUAUUUACCCACCUUCCAUUAAACUUUUCACAUUUUGUCACAUCAUAACUGCAGUAAGUUAUGUCAAAGUUUCCUCCUAUGUCAGCCCAAUGUAUUGUGUAAUUGUGAAGUGGAAGAGGAAGGCUUAAUCAAAAUAAAACAUAAAAAUGUGUGGUGCAUUUCCACUAAAUUUUCCAUAAUAAAUUUCUUAUUGCUACAACUUCAUGUCUUUUCUGGACUAAAUCUACAAGUUUUGUACAUCUACUUUUCAUAAUUCUGUUCUCCCACUGGAUAUGUGCUUCAUUUACAUUCAGGUCAACUCUAUUGACUAAUCAGACAACUUCUGAAGGCACUUGGUGGCACUGGGUUUUAUUUGAGGGCAUUAAAUUAAUAGGGACUAAAUACAAAUCCACCCCAUCAUUUUUAACACCUUGUAUCGUUUUCCUUCAACGUCACAAUUAUACCCUACUUUGAAUUUAAUAAUAACAAAAGUAAAAUACUUUGGAAUUUAUGGUUGUAACACGUUGAUACUUUUCCAAAGCGCUGUAUGUAUUUGUUUUGUUUGUGAAAGCUAUUCCAUUAAAGGCAGUUCAUUGUUGUUGUUUUUUUUUUUUUGAUUUGAAUUAUUUUGCAGUGAAUCCAUGUUCACUUUGAGCAAAGUUGAAUUAUCUCAAAGCUGGAAAAUAUGUAGACCAUUGUGCUGUGUGUUUCUACCAAAGGUCUACUUUUUCUACUCUGUAAAAAUCUUUUAAUUGUAUUUAUUUAGUGCUUUCUUUCCAGACUCUUGCCCUCCAUAAAGUAUAAUAUAGAAACACAUGGUGAUGGGUGGAGUAGCUGUUUCUGGAUGUCCAGAUGUUUCAUUUUUAAGUGGUGGUGUAUUUAAUUAAUUUAUUUUUUUUCCAGUCUCAGAAUACAUUUCCUGAUAUUGUGCAGAGUGUUACUUUGUUCCGUUUUACCCUGUGUGAAUACGAAGUUGCUAACAGGAAUUCUAAAGAAAUCACUUUUAGGUCAAUGAGAAUCCAUUUGUGUCUCUUCCUUCAAUAAUUCAUUUUAAACUGCAGGUUUUAUCUCUAGAUUUAAUGACCUGGUUUCAUACAAUCCUUUGGUAUAAAAGGUGAAGAUGAAGGAUUUGAUCUUCACCUUUAAGGAGUUUUAGUAGUGAACUAAAAACAAAAACAUGGUUCAAGGUGUAUGUUUUUGUUGUGAGGUGUGGGGGUGGUCCAUUAUUACCAUAUUACUUCUUAAUCACAGUUUUAACCUUAUGAAUUGAGUGAUUUGUGUGCUGCAGGUGUCACAUUCUUCCAGAGCAAUAUGAUGACCGGGUGUUGGUUCUUAAAGAGUUUCUUCUGUUUCUUUGUUGUAUAAUUCAAACUGGGUUACGAUGUGACUGAUUAAAAUGAAAGUGAAAUGUUCAUAUUUCUUAUUAAAGUGUACUUACAAAUGAAGACGCGUUGAAAAACCGAUGCUGUGUACAUAAAUCAGAUGGUGAAGGAAGUGACUGCAGUUAGAUAGUCCUAAACAGAGAAGCACUUUAAAGUUGUUUUUUGUUUUACAGUUUGAAGUUUUUUCAUUGGCAUGGCCAGUUUUUUAUUUGGAACAUUUAUUAAUUUGGCCCACAGAAAUGUAUGUUUUUACCCACAACAUUUAAACUUGCAACUGCAUCUAUUCAGAUGAUUCAGUUUACAGAUUCUUUACUUCUUUUUCUAAAUAUAAAUUCCUCUGUGAUUUUGUUGCUCCAUUGUCUGUCUUUGUUUUAUUAAAUCUUUUUUUUUAUCUUAUUUUCUCCAUUUCUGCAUAUUAUUAUUGUUAUUGUAGUUACUCCACUGCACUUUGUAGGCUGUCAUUGUUCACAGAAGAGAUUUAAAGUUGUGCUUGCACUUUAUGUAACUGAGUGUUCCAGGAUGUAAUAUGACUAAUAAAUGGUUGGUUUCAUUUGGA